AUGUAUUGUAUAUGUAUAGAAACCAUGUGUAGCCACGUUCAGCGGACACACAGACUGUCUCUAGCACAGCUCUAAGAUGCAGAUGUUCAUGGUGCUUGGUGUCGCUCUCCUGUCCCUGUGGACCACCAGUGGCCAGACUCUCAACCCUGGGAGGUGCCCUGUGCCCUUGGUCCAGCAGGGCUUUGAUGUCCCCCGGUACAUGGGAAGGUGGUACGACAUACAGAAACUGCCUGCCGUCUUCCAGAAGGGAAAAUGUAGCCAGGCCACCUACGGCCUUCAGAGUGACGGCACAGUGGAGGUCAUCAAUCAGUCCCUGCAGUCCGAUGGGGCUGUCACCUCCACGAAGGGAAUCGCCCGUGUGGCAUGACCUCUGACCUCUGACCCUGCCAAGCUGGAAGUGAACUUCUUCGCAGGUUCCAGACCUGCUGUCCACCGACUAUGAGAGCUACAGCCUUGUGUACUCCUGCACCAACUUUCAAGACUUGCUGCAUGUGGACUUUGCCUGGAUCCUGAGCAGAGGGCGUAGCCUCCCCGCUGACACCGUGGAGGAGCUACGCAGCAUCCUGAUGUCUCACGGCAUUCCUGGUGACAAGCUCCAGGUCACCGACCAGAGCGACUGCAGCAGCAUGCCUCAGUGACAGAGACUCCUGAGUGAGGGAGAGGAGUGGGAAUACUUGUAAUGAUUUCACUGUACUUUGAUUCAUUGAACCUCCGUAAUUAAAUGUCUGAAUAAUAAGAUGUGUUUUGUGUGAGGUUGUUUUGGUAUGACAAUUAGAGAGAGAGAGAAACAUUGGUUGCC